GGGGGGAGGGGGGGUUGGAAGGGGGUGCUUCCUCUCGCGAGAGCUGAGCGAGUUCCGCAUUUCGGAGUAGGGGGCUUGGGUGGGCGGCUCCGGGCGCGCGCUGGCUGGGGAUAGUCGGGUCUGUUGGUCUGUGUGUGCGGGUACGGGGCGCCUUUGCCGGCUCCCUCGCUGGCCGUCCGGCCUCCGCUCCUUUGCCUCCUCCGGGCCCCCCGCGCCCCGCCCCGUCGAGACGAGAUGAGCUUCCUCUUUAGUAGCCGGUCCUCCAAGACCUUCAAGCCCAAGAAGAACAUUCCAGAAGGCUCCCAUCAGUAUGAGCUCCUCAAGCAUGCGGAAGCCACUCUGGGAAGUGGGAACCUGCGGCAGGCUGUCAUGCUCCCCGAAGGCGAGGACCUUAAUGAGUGGAUCGCUGUGAACACUGUGGAUUUCUUUAACCAGAUCAAUAUGCUCUAUGGGACAAUCACCGAAUUUUGCACCGAAGCAAGCUGCCCAGUGAUGUCUGCAGGCCCCAGAUAUGAAUACCACUGGGCUGAUGGCACCAACAUCAAGAAGCCAGUUAAAUGUUCUGCUCCCAAGUACAUUGACUACCUGAUGACGUGGGUCCAGGACCAGCUGGAUGAUGAGACACUUUUCCCAUCCAAGAUCGGGGUCCCAUUCCCCAAGAACUUCAUGUCGGUGGCCAAGACCAUUCUGAAGCGCCUGUUCCGGGUCUACGCGCACAUCUACUACCAGCACUUUGACGCAGUGAUGCAGCUCCAGGAGGAGGCGCACCUCAACACCUCCUUCAAGCACUUCAUCUUCUUCGUGCAGGAGUUCAAUCUGAUUGACCGGCGUGAGCUGGCCCCUCUUCAGGAGCUGAUCGAGAAGCUUGGCUCCAAGGACAGAUAGACAGCCCCAGAUGGAUGUCCCCCAGCCUGACCCAGCCCCUGGUCACUCCCCUGAUCUAAGGGGUCACUUCCUCUUGGUCAGUUAGGGUGCCUCAGUGGAACCAGCACCUCUUCAUCUUGCCUGGAGCCAGACUGGCCACAGUUUGCACCCUCUGCCUCGUGGCACCCCCUGGACCUUCCUGCUCCUUCCAGGGGAGUUGGGGGCUAUCCUGGGUAAUUAAUUCUAGUUACUUCUUUGGUCACCUGCACCCUGUUGAUUCGCUGGGCUGUUACUUGUUCCCUGGUGGGAGGAGGGGGAGGGCAAAGUCCUUAAUGGGCUUUUCUUUUUAAGCAGAAAUUCCAAUUCCAGGUUCACCAUCCCCCUUCCUCUUGUUGCUUUUUACAGUAUUGGAAAUGCUGGGUGGGGAUGGGCCUGGAAUUUAAGAUCUCACCUAUCAUCAUUAGACUCAGAGCUUUGGGGAAAGGUCUCGAAAGAGCUUAGGCAGCUUGUGCAGAACUUGGUCCUUUGGAUGGCCAAGCGACUUCUAGUCUCUUUAACAAGUUUUAAAAAAAGAUUGUUUUAUUGUUCUGUUAGAUCUUUUCUUCUCAAAGUAUGGUGUCCACUAGGGGUGGGAGGUGGGGGGGCUAAUAGAGCUUGCAGGAGUAGUUAAGGUAAUGACUCUUCCCAUAGGCUGUGCCUCCUGGGACCCAGCCCAUUGUUAACAGGAAUCAGGUGGCCCACCAGCAACCAAAGGAAUUUCUAACCAAGACAGGACUUGGAUUUUGGGCGUUGAUUCCCUCAAGGGAGGGAGCAUGGUGCUUUUUUUUUUCCCUUAAAUGAAUUAUAGGAUUUCUAAAUAUAGGCUUUAGUUGUGAAAGGGCCUAGUUCCAGUUCACCAAUGCUUGAGAGCUUUUCUGUUCUAGGAAGAUUGGGGGUGGGGUUUUUUUUUUGCAAAGCAGAAAUGCCGUGUGCAGAACCAAGUCUCAAAGCCACUCUCAUUGUGUUUUUGUUUUUUUAAUUUUCCACAUUUGCAAUGCUGGAUGGGGAGAGGAUUCCUUGUGCAUUUAGUACUGCUUGAAUUCUGUUUGUUUCAAGUUUACUUGGUUCUGUUUUGAGUUUUUCUCCAUGCACUUUGAAUGAACCUUAACUGCCUUAAGUAGGCCAUUAGCAUAGGGCGGAAAGGUCCCAGUAGUAGGGACCCCAGGGAAGCCCCCGUCUUGCGGAAAGAGGACCCUGGGCCAGGGGGCGUUCUCAGAAGGGCUGUGGUCUGAGGGCUUCCUCAGAACAAUCACCAACUGGCCUGUUGGAUUCUACCCACGGGACAAAAGACGUUGGACCCUGGGGAAAAAAGCAUCUCCUUUUCGCGCGUAGCGUAUUUUUGUAUUACAUCAUUCUGGGCAAAAUGUAUUUGCUCUUUGGGGGAAAAAAUCUUUUCUAGUUGGUUCCUAAGAGGGAGGCUAACCUUGGGUUCGAGGGAGGAGCUGAGGCUCCAGGCCCUGCCGAAGCUGCCUGUGUGAUCAAGUCUUCCUUUUCUAGGCCUGCUUCUUUCUCCUUAAAAUGAGGUAUCAGGCUAGCAGUCUGAUAGGGGUUGAGGACUGGCCCUUUGUGGAGAUAUCACCUCUGACAGUGACCACCUGUGUGACCUUGGGCACAUCGUCUAGCCUCUCUUGGCCUGUUUCCUCAUCUGUAAAAUGCGGGGAUUGGGCUUCAUGCCUUCUGACGUCCCUUCCGCUUCAAGCUCCAGGAUUCUCUGAUCCUGUGCUUCCUCGGGGCCUUUUCAGCUCUAAGCUUGUUAAAACGCUGAGGCAGUGGGUGUUGGGCUGGCCAAGGGCUGGGCCAGCCUCCCUUCACCAACAUCCCUCCAGCCAGCAGGCCUAGAGUUUGGAGAGGCCACUUGGCAGCCCUCUUGAUAGCGCCACAAAAAGAGAGAGAGAAGUAACACCUAAUCAUCUGCUUGUAUGACUUAGCAGAACCAGCCCUGGAACGGACACACUUAACAGAAAAUAUUGGUUAAGGUUUACAGUAAAACCGCCUGCACUUGAGCAAACCCCAGUUGGGAAGGUCCACCAUCCACCAGGGGGAUCACAGGCCCUCCACACUGCUCCCUGGGCAGUCAUCACGCAUGUCUUGUCAAAGAGGACCCACCCACUAUGCAGACGCCUUCCCCUGGUUCUCUUCACGUUUCCCACAUCUUUUUCACUGGUGCAGCUGUCCCACCUGUGAGCCCUCACUGCCUUCAUGACAGCGGAUCUCACCAUUGCUGUCAUCUCUCUUUUUUAUUGUCCUGGCAAGCCUGGGCCUAUGCUGAGCAGGUGAGAGGAUCCUAAAUGUGAACUUUACAAACAUCUUUUAUCCCACCGAGGCGGAAACCCCAAAGGAUCCAGUUCAACUUCUUUUUCUAAUCCUCCCUGCCCUUCCCAUCAUUGCCAAGGUCGAGUUGUUCUGCAGGUGAUUCGAGUGGGGCAGAUAAUCUGACCAGCUUCACAGAGAGUCCUGCUGCCUCUGAGCUUUACGGUGGGAAGAUUCUCAUCCACAGUUUUUGAUCAGGUUCCAUCUUUAACUCUGCAUUGCUUGGCUCGAAGACUAUAUCUCUUCAGCUCUGCAAAGGAGGAGUAUGUGUACCCAACUGCUGGCUUGGUUUGUAAUCUUUCUAGCUUUACAUUAAAAUACAUAGGAAAUCCCCAGCCCCCUAGAGUGCUAACAGUAUUGAUGAACUUGCUAAGCUUUCUGCAUUAGGAAAUUCUCACUCCCCAGUAAAAGCUCACCCCUGAGUCAUUAGCAUUCAAUCCAGGUGGUCCUCUGUGGAUCAGGUCCAAGAAGGGACCCUUGACACAAUCUAUCCCUGCUCAAUCCAGCGAUGCUCCCUCUUCUUAUAGAUAAGAAAAGGAAGGCACAGAGGGGAGCAGUGCUUUGCCUGAGGUCACAAAGCAGGACUGUGUCAGAGCCUGAGCCUGGGUCCCCAUGGCCCAGCCCAGCCCAGGAUUCUGACCAGUCUGUCACAUUCCCAGGUGCUUAUACUCAGUCCUAAGAUUUCAAGCUGCAAAGGGGUGGGACAGGGGCUCUUAACCUAGCUGGGGUCUGUGAACUUGGUGUUUUUAUCUGUUUGAAUCACUUUAUUUCAAUAGAAUCAGCUGCCUUUAUAAUCCUAUGUAUUUUAUUUUAUGCAUUUCGAUCCAUAUUUUAGAAAGGGAUCCCCAGGUUUCAGACUGCCAGAAGGGGUGCCCUUGACAGAAUAGAACAUUAAGAACCCCUUUAUUUCAUAGAAGAGGUCUCUUCCUAGGCCAGCCUGUGUAGAUCAUUUGUAAGUGCUGCAAAGUGCUUGCCAACAUCCCACAGGGUCUGUGGAUUGGAAGAACUUUUUUGAAAAGCCACUGGGGGCUUGUAAAAUUAUGCCAUUAAAAUACAUGACAGGUCCUCUGUGAGUGGAAACCUGUGACAGGAUUGUAACUAAAACCAGUGACCUUGCAGACAUUCCCUUGACUGGAAGGAGCCCAGCUAUAGAAGGUGCUUGGAGAUAGUGAUCAGGGUCCCCUGGGUGGAGAGGGGACCCUGGUGUCCCUUUCUUACUCUUAGAAUGUGAUUUGGAGUACCCAUCUUAACUUUUAUGGAGACUGAGGAAAAAGUCUUUGACUAGAUCUAACCAGAAUGAAAGAUAGUUAAGCCAGUCUGUAGGGUAGGAACAAUACUGGUGGUUAAUGAAAACUAGUUUCCUCCCUCCCUCUCUCCCUUCUUUCCUUCCUCCCUCCCUUUCUUCCACCUCUCCUUUCCUUUCUUCCUCCCUCCCUCUCUCCUUCCUUUCUUCCCACCCUUCCUUCCUUCUUUCCUUCCUUCCUUCCUUUCUUCCUCAUGCAGGCUUGUUGCAGGUACUGGGCAGGUGUGGUUUCCAACUACAAAGGGAACAGAACACAUACAGGCCACUGAUAGUAGAACUGGAAGGGACCGAUCCUUCCUUCAGAGGCCUAGUGGGUUUCCCAUUCUUGCCUGGAAACCACCAUUUGUCUUAUCGUAGAGAAGAUUCCUGUUUGAGGAUGGGUUAGUCAGUGGCCCUGAGGUCCUUCCAUCUGGGAGGUACUGUGGCCUUGUCCACCAUGCUCAUUUUAUACAGGCAGGAACUGAGGCCAGAGUAGCCAUGUGAGCUCCCUCUCCAUAUUCUCUAGUGCCCUAUCCAGUGGAUGGGUUUGCUUUUAGCAUCCUGACCAAAAAGCAAAGUAGGUCAUGUUUUUUUCUGUCUUCCUGUGUCUUUAUCAGGGCAACCUCUGGGGAGAAGGGGAUGAAUUAGAAGAGAAGCAGCUACCUUAGAAUGAGAUCUGUCCUAACUUCAUUUUGAUUUUCAAUGUCAUUUCCAGAAAAUUCUGUAUUCACUCAAUAGUGUGUUAGAGGGCUAAUUAAAUUGAAGACAUCACACCUGAAACUCCCUUGGGGUCUUUUCUGUUAAUACCAAAUUCUAUUCCUAGAGAGUGCUCUGGAAUGAAAGCUGGUUGUGGCCAGCUGAAUACGAGGGUGAGACCGAUGCGAGGCGCCAAGUUGUUGGUCAGACCCUGUUACCAGGGCUGAUCAAUCCCCAGCCCCAUUACCACUCUUAUAGACAGACCGCUGCCUAAGUUAACCUUGGUUCUGACCCAGAAAGCUUUUAUAAUGUUUUUUACAUCAAUUUCAGAAGCUUUAGUGACUUUUUCCCUCAGUCAGUUUCCUCAACUUUUUAAAGAGUGUUUUGUAUCGACUUUUGUAACUUUAUUUUCACUAGAAUAAAGCAUGUGGAAAGAAAACAA